CUCACCAGCAACACACCGACUGCUCAGCGGAAGACCACGACUACGAGCACCACGGCAGCCAUGGACGUUUCCUACUGCUCUCCUCUCCAGCUGCAGGACAACUCUUUCCUGUUUGAGUCCCUGCUGGACAAGCCUUACGAUCCUCUGGCCUACGAUCCAUCCUUGGACCCUGGUUACUUCAGCGCAUGCAGCAGCAGCCUGUCGCCCACCUCCUCUGUGGACUCCUACUGCUUCUCCCCCACCUCCCUCCAAGUGGCCGGAAGCGAGCCGAACUCCACGGAUCGUUUCGUCUUCAAAAGCCCCGCAGUGCCUGGCCUCCCGCAGGGGACGCAGCGUCCGCCUUGCUCCGGAUCAUCCGCCGCCACGUCCUCCACCGCGAGGAAAUCCAGAUCCAGGUACCCGGGGAAGAAGCGGCAGACGGCCAGCGAGAGAGAGAAGCUGAGGAUGAGGGACCUGACCAAGGCCCUGCAGCACCUCAGGACAUACCUGCCUCCCUCGGCGGCCCCCGCAGGACAGAACCUGACCAAGAUCGAGACGCUGCGCCUCACCAUCCGCUACAUCUCCUACCUGUCGGCUCAGCUCGGCCUCAGCGAGGAGGCCCUGGAGCAGAGAGCCUGCGGGUUUUCGGAGAAGCCCCAAAACCUCAUUGAGUUCUUGGGUCAGCCAGGAGCCGGCUACGGCCCCGUGAGCUCAGCACAUCUGCAGCCCUCACACCAGGUUUCAAAUGGAGUUUGCUUCACCAGCGAGCAGUUCUGGAUGCCACAACAGCAGCAACUCCAAAACGCCGUCUUCUCUGGACAGAGCUGAGACCCGGCCAUCAAUACACUAUUUUCAUUGCAACAAUGACCUCUAUGUAAAUCUCUGGACAAAACCUCUUCAUUUUGUUAUUUUGAACAGAAUAUAUUUUUUGUCCUAUUUUGUGCAUUUUUCUUUUUAAUGUAUAGAACUGUAUAUUUAUUUAGCUUUCACAACUUGAACAAAAUAAAGUUAAUUUAUCAA